CUUUCAGGGAAAAAAUACACCUUCAUGUGUUGGCAGGAGACAGACAUCCAAAAGGAAAUGAUGCAAUUAUCUUAGCUGAGGUCACUUACGUAUGUAUAUAUAGAAGUAUUUAUACCUAUAUAUACAUAUGUAAACUAGUCGCUGAGGUAUUGUGCAGCAUUGCUCUUCCACUGUUUUAAAAGUUUGGAUUCUAGUCUGGCAGCAGACAACAUCGUGAGACUUCUUCAACAGGAGCUGUGAUCCUUACAAGAAUGAAGACUGUCAUUAUAACAAUUUGCCUGAUUGGUUCAGUUUUUGCAAACCCAAUUUUGCACAAUGUGUUGGUUUCAAAUGAGCAGGAUUCCAAUUCAACAGAAAGUCUGUCUGUUUCACAAUCUUCUGAAAACACUUCGGAGCUUCAGAGCUCUGAGGAAGUUGCCUCCACACAAAGUACAGAGUCUGAAUCGUCUGAAUCUGCUUCAGAGGACAAGACCUCAGAGGAGAGUGAUAGCCAGUCAGAUGAGAUAAUCGAGAUUGACACUAUGCUUGAAACCAAAGAUGACAGCAUGGGCAGCGAAGAGAACGUCCGCAAAGUGCAGAGUUGGGUAAGGGUGUUUUCCAGCGUUGGUCAUGUCUCAAGCACUGAGGACAAUACCAGCAGGGAGGUCGAAGGUCAUUCAGAAGGUGUGAGCAAGGAGCUUACUCACAUCUCAGUGACUGCUGGCAGUCGUGCAAACCUUCCCCUGCUGGAAAAAUCCAUAGACAGCAGCAGCGACAGCACAGAUCUUGCAGCUGCCAACAGCAACAGCACUGAGAGCGAUAGUAGUGAAAGCCAGGAGAGCGAAGAGACCAGCGACAGCAGCGAUGCCAGCAAGAGUUCAAAGGAAAGUGAUGAAAGUGACGGAAGUGACAGCGCUGAGUCUGAGCAGUUCAAAGCCAAAGACUGUGUGAAUGGUACACAGAGCUGUGAAAGUGAAGAGUACUUUGUCCAGAGCGUAGGAGAUGAUGCACAUUUCUCUGUCCACGGACUGAUGACGCCAGAUGAGGAAAACAUGGAGUUAAGACUGAGGAGAUGAUUGUUUUUCUUUGUGAACAAAUUUAUUUUCUAAACCUCAGCACUAAUUGGAGACGGCAUUUUUUUUUAUUACAUCCAAACAGUAGUUUUGGCUUAAUGCAACUUUCAGUAAUACAAAGUUAGAUAUUUACCAUUGUAAAAUAAAUAAAUUAUGUACUUUUUCUAUUAAAAACUGAGCUUCAAAAAGUAUAACAAAGCAGGAAUGUUGUUAAUAAUUGAUUUUUAUAAGAUAUUUAUGCAAUUUUGCACAAAUUCAAUAAACAAGUGACCGUGACAAUACA